CUGGACCAUUCCAAUCUCUGUCGGAGUGGAAACACGGGGGCCGACAGACCUCUUUUUCUCCCUUCCCGUUUACCUCAUUGUGCUUUCUUUUAUUUCACCCUGCUUUUAUCUGUCUUCUUUCCUUUCAGUGGGGUAACUUUUCGUUUGCACUCCCAUUUUCUGCCAUCUACGUCUAGGUUUUCUUUUCAAGCUUCGCAUAUUCGGGAACGUUUAUUUAUUUAUUUAUUUAUUCAUUCAUUUCAAAAUAGGACCAUACGUUUAUAUAUUGUAGAUGUCCCACAAAUGAGAAGACGCAAAAGAUGGAGUUGCACAUUUUAGAACAUAGCUUGAAAGUAGCCAGUAUAGCUAAAGAGGGCAUCCAGAUUUGCACCCACGGAUUAAUCAAACUCGCCUUCCUGCCCUCCAAAACAAGGUGUAAAUUUUUUAGUCUUACAGAAACUCCUGAAGAUUACACUAUCAUAGUAGACGAAGAUGGCUUUAAAGAGCUGCCACAGUCGGAGUACCUCAGCGUUGCCGAGGCGACGUGGCUGGCUCUGAACGUGGUGUCAGGGGGUGGCAGUGCCACCAGUUCGCAGCCCAUCGGAGUCACCAAAAUUGCCAAGUCAGUAAUAGCGCCUUUGGCUGACCACAACAUCUCUGUGUUCAUGCUGUCAACCUACCAGACGGACUUCAUUCUGGUUCGAGAGAGAGACCUACCCAUGGUCAUGCACACGUUAUCUUCCGAGUUCACCCUUCUGAGAGUCGUGAAUGGAGAGACAGUUGCAGCCAACAGCUCCGGAGUCACCAAUGGCUUCGUCAAGCCAAAACUCGUCCCACGGCCCAUCAUCCACCCUCUCUCCAGCCCCAGUAACAUGUUUUGUGUGACCAGCCUGGACCCCGACACACUGCCCUCUGUGGCCACCCUGCUGAUGGACGUCAUGUUCUACUCUGGCGGAGUGAAGGAGAGCGCAGCAUCUGGGGACGACUCCGGCCACAUACGUUUCUUCUCCUUCUCGCUCAUAGAGGGCUACAUUUCACUGGUCAUGGAUGAACAGACCACUCGAAGGUUCCCCAACAAUGUCCUUUUCACUAGUGCUUCGGGAGAGCUUUGGAAAAUGGUCCGCAUAGGGGGCCAGCCGUUAGGAUUUGAUGAAUGUGGUAUAGUAGCGCAGAUAUCGGAACCCUUGGCCACUGCGGACAUUCCAGCCUACUACAUUAGUACCUUCAAGUUUGACCAUGCCCUUGUCCCUGAAGAGAACAUCCAGAGUGUGAUUGGAGCCUUGAGGACCAAUGAGAGUGCAGGACACUGAAGGUCAUGCGAAUGGAGGACGACCAUAUUAUGAUGUCCUUGGUGGCAUAACUCUUAUUAUCUGAAACUCUUUAAAAAAAAGUGCCAAGAGCUUACCAGCUUGGUCUGCUGUGGUUUGGGGUGGGGUUGGGUAUGGAGGGGGUGGGUUUGGGGUUGUUCAGAGCAAAGAAAUCUUGGGAUGAGUUGUUGUUGCCGUUUUUCUCCCCCUUUGCCCUUUUCUUUCUUUCUUUCUUUCUUUCUUUCUUUUUUUCUUUCUUUCUUUCUUUCUCCUCUCCUCCUCUCAUGGGAGGGUAACGGCUGGCGUUAGCGGGUUUGGCGGUAGUUCCACUAUCAGCAAGUGAGCUCCUCCCUUAUUCUGCUUUACAGUUACUGUGCCAAUGCCCCAACCCCAACCCACUGCUUCACACUCUCUCCAGCCAUGCCCACUGCCUUGCCUCUGCCUCGACAACAGUAUCCACUUUCUCCGUGAACCGCCCCCGAGCUAGUGCGAUGGCAGUGCGUUGUGGACAGUGAACACCCUUCCCCAAGUGGGUCCAGCCACCUCCCGCCCCUCCACACCAUUCAAUCAUGCUGAGUGUGACCAGUAUGAUGAUGGGAUAACAGACCUGUGCUUUGUAGUUGUUGUUUUUUUGUUCUGUUUCUAUUUCCCCAUUACUUUAACAUCACACCAUCUCCCAAGGCACUGAGAAGGACCACCCGUCUCUUUCUCCGACCUCCCGUCACCUUCCCAGGGUGUCGUGUGGGGGGGGGCUUUGGCUGCCUUUGCUGAUGGGUAUGUUUUUAUGAUUAGUCUGGAUAACUUGUAUUCUCUUCCGCCAUUACUGUAUUUCUUCACCGCUGCUCUUCCCCCUCUAUGACCACAGUGUAUUAGUCAUGUCUCCUCCACAUGGAUGGCUGGGCACAGAAUGUACGUCAUAAUUACUGAGCUUUUUUUUUUCUUUUCAUUUUUGUUAUGUUUUCUUUCUCCCCCUCCCCACCUCCCCUCUCCUCCUCCUCCCCGUGAUUGCUCUUUCUCUCCAUCAGUGCCAAGACACUUUAGACCGAAACAGACACCUUGUAUAAAGCUCAACAUUUCUGAGUGCAAUUUUUGGACGGCAAGGCUUUUGUCCCCUCUCUUGGUUGCUGGCAGUGGAUAUGAGGACGCAUGUACCUCAGAAACAUGGUAUUUGUGUCGUUGUUGAAGUGUUUAGAAUAAGCUUUUGUCAUGUUUACAAAAGGUGAUCAUUUGUGUGGGAAGAUGAGGGCCGGUCUGACUGAACUAGAGGGACUGCAGGCCUGACGUUCACAUUUCCUCGCCAAAUAGCAAAUGUUGAGAUUUGACUUUGUGUUCUUUGUAUUCAGGUACAAUCAAUAUCUGUCAGCAUAGCUUCUGAAUUAACUUUUCUUUUCUUUUCCUGACAUGAAAUUUUAUUUUAACACUGCUCACUUUUAGUGGUUUUUAACUCUGGUGUUCGGAUGAGGCAUUUUUACUUUUCACUAAUUCCUUCUGAUCCAUUCAUGACUUACAUUUUGAGAGUGCAAUUUACUGUACAAAAACCCUGUUGUUUACUCACCUCUCUUAGCUUUAGGGAAACUAUGUGCCACACCAUGUUUCGCCUCUUGCCAGACCUUACCACAACUGUUGAACUUUUGAAAGCUAGAAAAGCUAGCAAGAGAGGAGAGGAGAGGAGGUGGCGUCGACUGAUUGUUGAAUGUUAGUUGGUUACACUUUACGUCACGGAUUGCUAAUAAGGUGGUAAUUGUAUGGUAAUGUCAAUGUAAUAAUCUUUUAUAACAACAUAUUGCAAGUAAUUAAUAUGCAGUUUCUGGACAGUUACUGAAGCUAAGUGAUUUCCUGAAAACUGCAUAGUAAUUAUUUGUUAUAAAAGGUCAUUGCAUUGAAAUGCAAAUGACCAUACAAUUACCAUCUUAUUAGCGAUCCGUAAUGUAAAGUGCUACCUGUUAGUUUCUGUCAAGUGUCAUGGACACUGGCGUGUAGUUUUUAGGCCUUCAAGCCCCACUGGUCUGCACUUUAUUGAAAGGUCCGUAGGAGAGACCUUGCUGUUCUGAUGUGAAAUUUGGGGGGAAUUUGUUUUUGAAAUAACACUUUACUUGACGCCGGCGUCAUACGUAUGACAUAACGGUGUCAUAACAUUGUCAUAAUGCAGUCAUGCAUGUGUCAUAAACAUUUUGUCAAUGUCAUAAACAUUGUAUGACUUUGUCUUUAGGUGAAAUUCGGUUAUGACAGACAGUCCUAACAUUGUCAACUUUUCAUGGCCAUAAAACUUUGAUGACAUUGGCAUUAUGUUUAUGACUUGUCCAUGUCACUGUUAUGUCAUAUGACACCGGCGUCAAGUAAAGUGUUACCUUUUUUUGCCCUUGAAGGAUUUUCGAGAAGGUGUUAUGUCUGCCGGUCUUAAGCAUAGUGGGGUUUUUGUUGUUUUUACACAGGCUUUCCUCUUCUGUUAGCUUGGAUUAGCAGAGUUCAUGUAUAUGUUUAGUAUUUAUCGAUGUUAACUUUAAAAAAAAGGGUGACCUUUCUGAAAAUUAAAAUGAUGUAAACAAACAAACAAAAAAUCACUCAGCCUUUAGUGUGUUUGGCUAGGAAAGCCUGUUGCUUUGUGUAUUUGGCUUUUUUUUUUUUUGGUUGGUUGUAACCUGAUGCAAUAUCCUGUUAAAGAGGGAUUUCUUGUACUUAUUCUGGAGGCUCAGCAUAUAAGUAACAUGUAUACAGGCUCAGACAUUGUCUGCCUCAUACCUUGAUAUGCCCAAGUACUCUGCCUUUCCAUUGAGAAUGAGUUGGACCGUCCCAUCUUUGACUUUCACUUUAAAAAAAAAAAAAAGAAGAAAAAGAUGAACUGGCCAAAGCCCCUGGGUCAAUGGGCUUAUUUGAUCUUUCAUAGGAUAUUUCAAUUCUUCAUUAUUCUGUAGAGGUAAAACUCACUCUGUUUCAGUAGCCAGACAGACAAGUCUCAUUAUUAUGGCACUGAUUUUGUUUUUCAGAAAGAAUGUAUCUGGCUUUAUGGACAUACAACAAUCUUGACUUUGGUCUGCAAAUAGACUUUGGUACAAAUAAAGCAUGCACUCUUUUCUGAA